AUGAAGCAGGUCAUCCAUGCCCCCAGCUUCUUGGCACAGUAUCAGCUAUGGUGGACCAAAAAGCAACCGUUGCCUGUGCGCGACGUCGAGUUUGCCGUUCUGAUCCUCCGCGUUAGUGUAUAUGCAGCUCACUUUCUCCCAUCUCCUUCGCACACGGUGGACAGUAUCGGCGGGGUCUCCCUCACUGACAUCCGCAAUACGUGCAGCGAUGUAGGCGACAGCCUCGCGCAGGCCUGCCUGGCUUUGGAUUGGAAAGGUUCGCUGUUCUCGUGCGAGGGCCGAACCGACCGAUUCUGGGAGGGUCUUGCCGUGUCCAGUCGCGCGGCACAGAAAGCGGGCAUUCACGCUGAUGCGCAUCUUCCGACCAUGGAUGGCGCACAGAACUUGGAAAAGGAGAUAGAGCGGAGGACGCUCUGCAGUCUUUACGUCCUAGACAGUCAUCUGUCCCGGCAGCUAGAUCGGGUCCCGUUUCUGCCUGACGACCUGGUGGCGAAUGCUCUUCCCCGGUUGCGUCUCGCACCAGAUAUCGGCACCGACCCCAAUGCACCGGACGUCUUCACGGAGCGGCUGAUGCAAGUACAGCUGGGUCGAUUCUGGCGAAGCUUCGGGCCGCGGCGAAAGAUCGACUAUGACCCCUUGGAGGGUGAGCAGAGAUACGAUAGGUUCUGCGCGGAAUAUCUGCCCACGCUGUCCCCUGCGUUUGCGAUCGAGCCCGAUACCCAGUGGGACGCUGAUCUGCCCAAGCUACCGAUGCAGCGACAGCUCCUGCACAUUGCCAUCUUCGAUAGUAUCUGUUGGAACUUCCGGCCGCUGCUGCUGCUCAAGUCCGCCCAGAUCGCCCGCCUCGCCCCGUAUAAACAGGUGCUACUGCAGUCGCAGAAAAGGCGGCUAGCUCUGGCAGCCCUCAAGGUUCUGGAGGCCGUAACAGCACUGCACACCAUGUUUGGCGGCUCCCAUACACGCUUUGCCGCCAUCAUAUUCAACACCUUUGAGGCUGCAGUGCUGCUUCUCGGUCUCUGCUGUCACGGGGACUGCAUCUUUGGCCAUGCGGAGGAAAGCACUGUGCUUUUGGGCGUUAAAGCGGGACGCUUGACGCGCCACAGGGCCCUUCAGGCGGCAGAGCAGGCGCUCCGUCGGCUGCAGAUGCUCGCUGGCGUCAGCUAUAUGGCCGCGUCCGGGGCGCAUGUAGUAACCCAGCUCUUCGUCAAGGCCACGCAAGAACCGGCAUCCGAGCCGCUGAUACCGAUGGCGUCCAGUGAGACCUCAUCUUUGCCGGGUUCGUUGCUGAACCUGCUGGGUCUGGAUGACUACGCCGGAGACAACACGUCCGCCGAGCACGAGGAUCCUAGUUGGGUGUCCGAGACAAUUCCCACAAUGGCCCGGGACGAAUGGAAUUCGUUAUUGCAGGAGUCGGGGCAGGGCUUUGCCACAGCUUGGGUUGCUGGUGAUCCCCUGUAG